GGUGAAGGGAGGGAGAGGGGGCGUGGUCGGAGAAGAUGUGGGGAAAUCCCUAACCCCACGACGUGGGGCAACGCAGUCAACCUUCGAGUCACUGUCCCUCUCACUGACGAUGCGGUGGUGUGUGACUGGCCAGAUUCUCCCGAGAACCGCAAACGUCGGUCGUUCUGUUCUCGCUACGAGGGUUACGGGAGUCUGUGUCACUGCUCCAACCCACUCCCUCUCUCCAUUCGCUCUCCCCCUCUCCCUGGCAGUCGAGUUACCAGCAUCCCAGUCGCCAUCAUUGCCAGCAACCGUCCACAGUACCUGUUUCGGAUGUUGCGAGGACUGCUGGCUGCAAAGGGAGCCAACGCCUCACUAGUGACAGUCUACAUCGACGGAUUCUUUCAAGAACCAAAGGAGGUCGCCGAGCUCUUUGGCAUUAGAGCCAUUCAGCAUGAACCAAAGAGCCUGAAGAACGGACGAUAUCUCAGCACUACAAGUCCAGUCUCACUGACACCUUUGACCACCAUCUAUCAGACUAUGCCUCUACUGGAGUCUGAUUCCUCCGUCUACUGCAUAUCGGCCUGGAACGACCAGGGCUACGACCACUCUUGUCAGGACCCCUCUCUCCUCUAUAGAGUAGAGACGAUGCCUGGUCUCGGCUGGAUGUUGAAGAGGAGUCUGUACAAGAAUGAGUUGGAACCAAACUGGCCCAGCCCUGACAAGCUGUGGGACUGGGACAUGUGGAUGAGACUGGACGUCAUUAGGAAAGGAAGGGAGUGCAUCGUACCUGAUGUAUCAAGAACGUACCACUUUGGAGCCUCGGGACUCAACAUGAAUCCUUACUUUCAGGAGCACUACUUCAAGAAGCACACUCUCAACACCAUUCCCGACGUCAUUCUGCGUGACGUGGACAGUCUCACUAGAGACAACUACGAACUAGUCAUCCAUAACCUCUUGAGAAAAGCCAAUGUGCUAGACCACAGUAAGAACCCGUGUGGAGAUAAAUUUAUUCCAAAGAAAAAGGGAAAUACUUAUGUCAUGUACAUCAGCAUGGACAACGAAAAAGACUUUGAUCAUUGGAUGAAGCUAGCAACGUGCUUCCAUCUGUGGGAUCUCGAUGCCAGAGGCUUCCACAAUGGUUUGUGGAGAUUUUGGAUGAAAGGCAAUCAUAUAUUAGUGGUUGGAGCACCCUACUCCCCUUACGCCAGCAAAUACAUGCCUUCGGGAAUCAGACCUCUAAAACUGGUCACGCCCUCUCAAAGAUAGCCGUUUCCUAUUGUAUUAGCACCAGAUCAUCACUUGGACUCCUGUAUCAUUGACAAGUGUACUCUAAUUCCACCUUGUUCAAUGAUUUUUUUUUCGUUUUUUUGUCACAAUUUUUGAACACAACAGAAAAUUUUCCUGGACACUAUAGAGCACACACACACACGGCACGAUACAGAGUUGCCAGAUGCUACAAUUUUUUGUAAAAAAAACAACUCUUUAGCUGUAGAAUGUGUGACUUGUUGGUUGAAGUGAAGAAUGUUUUGGGGUCGCUAUGCUCUUGCCACUUUUGCACUACCUGUGCGAAGAGCAAAUUGGAAAGUGGUUGUUGAUAAAUUUUGGCCGGCUAUCUUAGUGUUGGUUUGCUGCGUCUGCGGAGUGAGUGGAACUGCCAGGAUCUCGUGAAGGACAUUCGUGGGGAGGAGGAGGAGGCGGUGAUGGGGCUGCUGUUGCUGGUACUAGUGGUGACGGUGCUCUGUCCAAACUUCUUGGUGUAGAUGUCUGGAUACUGCUGUUGGAACUGUUUUAGUUUCUGUUUCUUCUCUCUGUCGGUCAUGUUUUCAUCGGCGGUGAUCUGGUCCAGGAGGCAGGAGAUGGACUGCUGUGAGGUUGUCCUCAUUUGGGCAUCGUAUUCCUUCUGACUCACUCUCUGGCAGAACGACUUGGUCUCAUUCAGUCCACUCGUUGUCUCCUAUACAUAUAUUGGUCCACACAAACACUCUUAUGAACACAAAUAUACAUUAAAACCCCAGUCCUUUCUCCUUCAGUCGAGAGGGCCUGGGGACGACAAGUAAUAGUA